AUGGCGGCCGCCUCGCCGUUCACUUCAACCAACGUCAAGGAAGCCUGGCUCAUUAAAGGUCUCCGUUUACUCUACUCCCAGAAGCCCGAGGACGGCGUCCGUCUUCGUCGUUUCUACAAGGAGGCUUGUGAUAACGAGGCACACGUACUGCGUACCACCCUUUCCGAGGCUCUCAGAGAAUCCAGGGAGGACGGUUCAGAGGUGAGCUGUUUUUUCCUCUAUCCCCACCACCCUUCACAUCUUAUGCUAAUCUGUUGCCGGUCACACCCGUCACGCAUUGCUGGGGUUGCGCGAUCCGUAUUUGAGCCGUCACAUCCUCCCUAAGUGUUGUGGCUUGGAGGCUGCCAAUCUCCGACGUGGCUCGGACCUCGAGAAUACGGGGAACUGUCCGUCCAACACAAUCGCUGUCCGGCAAGUCAAGAGUUCUCGGACUGCUGGAGGACUGUGGUCCACGCACCUAGGUUGAAAUUGAUGAGGAUAAGUGGGGUCGAAAGGACAAACUUCAUACCCAACAACAGUAUCGCGGACCUCAAAUUUCCAGUUUAUGCGGCGCUCAAUUUCGCUUAAGGAAAGUCCCUAUAACGCAAAAUCCGCCCACACUACUUUUGCCAAAGGUUUACAGCUGUGGAAAGGCGAUCGUUCUUAAACAGAAGUCAUAGUAGAGUUGAAAAUUAAUAUUCAGUGACGGAUAAAUAAUUAAUUUUCACUGAAUACUAGAAUUUCAGAGAAUGGCUGCGUUACAAAUCGUCUAAAUACGGCCAAUCUGUAAGAGUGCAUAUGUAGGGGGACGCAUGGAAAUGGGAAAUUAAUGAAGAUUAUUAACAAGUACAAAAGGUCAGUUCUUUGUUGAUUGUCCAUUUCUAUUUAAUACACCAGAAAGUUUCUCAGGCAUGGGGAUAUCCAGAUUGUCUACAGUGGAUUGUUGGAUGUGAUUGCCUACCGUAUAAUCAAGCUUUCUUGCACUGAAAGUUUAUUCUUUGCCUUGCGCCAAUGUCUUUUGAUAAGUGCGAAAAGAUUUUCAGUAGGAUUGAGAUCUGAGCUGUUGCCAGGGAUAAGAAUCGACCGGAGGCCAAAUGCGGAGAGGCUGGCUCAAUCAUGGCCUUUUUCUAGUGAAGUUCUAAGCUCUGCAUCCUCUUCCUAAUCAUGUAUAGAGAACAUUGGCAGGUGUUCCCUUUAUGUGGUCUUAAUGUGCAUAUAAUGAUACUUCUUAGUGCACGACGAAUAAAAUCGUCGUCUUGAUUACUUGUGGACCGUUUUUGUCUGCCCUUCUUAUUUCUGGGUACGGUUCGCUACACAGUAACCUAACCAAUAUUGAAAAUAUUUUCUAACGACUCACGCGGCAACCCUUCUGCUGCUUAUUUUCGUAUCUUUUUUGUUGUUGACGGCUGAUGCAAAUUGUCUAAACAUCUUUAUCGCACGGCGUGACACAGAGAAGUGAUUGCAUGAUACGGGUGAUCAAUGUAUAUGUAUUUGUUUACGCCUAGUAAUUCUUGGUGUGGUAAAACAAAUUACCGCCAAACAGGUUUUUUGAAGAGUUUUGCGGCACGAAACCUCACAAAUUAACAAGACAGAAUUUUAUAAGCCGAAACCAUCCAAUUUUUAUUUAAAAUCGUGGAAUUUCUCAUACCUGUCCUUACCUGGUUUUCAUAGAAUAUGAAUUACCUGAUUUUCUUGGAAACAAAAUCGAAUUUCCCGUUUCCAGAAGGGAUUUUUGAACUUUUCCUGUCUAUAUUAAUCUUCGUCUACUCCACAAUUCACAUAAGCUGGAGAUUUUGAUCUCUGAAUUUCAAUAGCAUAGGAAAUUACCUAGUGCCUGGAGACUGAAAGUCCCAUCUGAAGGUGUAUCGUAAAAUUUCGUGAAAUUUAUACUAUUCGCUGAUUUUUCGGAUAGCGCUCCGCGUUUACAACUGGACGUCCACGUAUUUCCGCGCCCUCGAGUCUGGGAUCUGCAUCGUCAUCGCCUCUGACCGAGGUUUCACUCCAUUCUGCUGCUGUUGUUGGGGGUUGUGGUGGUCUUCCACCUGCCUCAGCAAGCUCAUCCGAUCACAGCGAUAGCGGCUCCAACUCAGGUCCAGUCUCUUCAGCGCCUCCACCUGCCAAGCGUCACAAGGUGGGAUUUUUUAACAUAUUUGAUCCUCCUUCAUCCUCAACGGUCGAAGUUACUGGUGGCGCUGCCAACGCCAAAUACCGUUCAUCCUCGUCCAACACACCUCCUGCCCCAGGUGAGUAAUCUUCCCCUUCCCUCGAUCUUUCACUUGCCCCUCGUUUCGCGCCCAAAAAUUCCUCAGUUGAUAAGUGACCUAGUCAACUAAACAAGAUGGCCCUGCCACCGGCACUCUUGUGAAAUCUAUGUGCCUUGCUGCAGUGAUGUAAAAAAACAUCCAGAUUCGAAGCAUUUUAGUCAAAAACAACUGCAGCGAGCGGGAUUGUAUUCUCACAAGGAGUGCAAUGCUACGACAGGAUUUGUUACCACAAUUUCAAAAAUUCGACCGCUUAAUAUUGCGAGGAUUAUCCCACCUCUCGGAGGUGGUUGAUCUUCCCCGCUUGGCUCUGUUAGAUUCUCCAUGUCCCCGUAUUACGGACAAGUGCUAUCAGGACGUCUGCGUUGCACAUCCUCAUUUUGGUUUUGAGGAGGUUGCCAUGGCAACUCUAUCUGCCGAUCACCUGACUUGUCUGAGCUGAACUUCUCCGUCGAUUAUACCACUUCUCGGUGUUUUGCUUCCUUAGCGGGAGUACUAGUUUGUAACGGUGAGACGAUCGUAAGUGACCUGUGGUUAAGGGUUCACCAUAUUCUGCGUUUGGUGGCGGCCGAUUCAUAUCCACCAGUUUCUUCUUUAGGGUAUAGCGGAGGACCUCGGCAAUUAGAGUAUGCAUAGUAACUUACAGUGCGUGACCGAGCUCAUGAAAUGUUGGCCAAAAUUCUGGAAUGCGUUUACGAUUAGAAAGGAUUACUUAAGUGGGGUUGUAAUACUGAUUAUCAUGCAGCAUAACCCUAUAACAUUUCAGACUCGCCAGGAUGUCGGCUUUUGAAUGCACUUCAUUUUGACCUCCUGUAGAAACCACACGGUAAAGAAUGACUACUUAAGUAGCAUGCAUUUUUCCUCUUGCUUUUCGAUGGUCUUAUAAAUUCAAAUACAUUUUAUAGAAAACAUGUAAAAAUAUGCUUUCUUUUGCUCAUUUGGUAGGAAAUCACAUUGUCUUCAUAUUUUAUGCCCGGAGAAAGUGUAUAUUUAGGUUUUAAAAGAGUUUCUAAUUUUGAGAUUUUUCGGACCAUGCGAUGUCCAUGCAGGCAAGACCGCACAGGUCCGUUUACCAAUGCUCCUCAUGAAAUGUACAACACGGUCCCGAUCCAUUGCAAAAUUUCAUGAACUCUAUGUGGUAUCUUCUUAAAGACAUAGAGAAAUAUAUGAUUUCCCUUACGCGGAAAGCGUGCACCUUGUAGACUGAAAUUGCUAAACGCUGAUGCAAUGGCAGAUCAGGCUGAAAAUUAUUCGGGAGUUGGAAAACAUUUUAAAAAUCUAAAUACACACUUUCUUCGGGCAUAAAAUAUGAAGACAAUAUGACUUCCUAUCAAAUGAGCAUAAUAAAGCAUAUUUUGGUGCAUGUUUUCUAUAAAAUACGUUCGAAUCUAUAAGACCAUCGAAGAUCAAUAGGAAAAAUGCAUGCUUCUUAAGUAGUCAUUUUUUCCGAGCGUGGUUUCUUUAGGAGGUCGAAAAGAAGUGCAUUCAAAAGUAGACAUCCUGAUGAGCAUGAAAUGUUAUAGGGUUAUGCUGCAUGAUAAUCAGUAUUACAAACCCACUUAAGUAAUCUUUUCUAAUCAGAAACGCAUUCCAGAAUUUUAUCCAACAUUUCAUGAGAUCGGUCACGCGCUGUAGCUACGGACUACCCCGAGCGUUCGCAAGUGGCCAGUAUUAAUGCACCCUUAGUUAAGGAUUCUCAGCGAAAGAAGAAUGUGCCGAGUUCUGGCGAAUAAAUAGUUGACUGUGGAGAAUGUGGCAUAUGUGGGCAUAGAUGUGGAGAAAAGGUUAUCUACUUAACGGUCGCGAGCUAUAGCAGUAUUGCAUGAGGAAUGUUGCCUUCCUCUCACUUAGCCGUCCCUGUCGCUGUACACAGUUCCGGAACCUUAAAGUUGUCUUUUGGAGGGGUGGGUGGACGUCCAGGAACUGUCCGUCCAGAAAAUCGCCCCAACAAACCACUGCCUAGUGAGUGACGGAUUUUCAAGUGACAUGAGAGCUAUGCCCUGCGCCAUUGGGCUGGCUUUGAUAACAGUUUUUGUCGUUCGUAGAUACUGUUUCCUGUGAAACGGUUGCGGGCUCUAUGAUGCUAUGUUCUCUGAGGAGGCGCGAUCGCGCCUCUUCCUAAAUGGUUUCUGGAACUCGCUUUUCCGCUUUUCUUGCUUCAACUCUGUUCAGCUACUUAGUAGGCUUCCUGCAAAGCAGCUCCUGGAUUUAAAUGUCGGUGUCUGUGUUGCGUACCUUGUUUGCAUUUGCAGGAUUGGAUAGUUGCCGAGAUCCUUUGCGGUUUUCGGUUUGCUAUUGCUAUUAGGUGCGAAGGCAGCCGAACUAGACCUAAAAUGCACUUCAUCUAGUUUUGUACGAAGAUUUUUACAUUGCCAUGGUUGAUGUCCAUUUCUCUUCUACUUCUUGUCUUUGGGCUGCAUUGGAUCGCCUUUUUGUCAGAGCUUCAAGCAAUGGACGAAAUGGAUCAUCGGAUCAGUCAUAUGCUUUUUGCCUCCACCAACUGCAUGGAAAUUUUUGUAUGCGUCAUGCGAUUCGUCGGAAAAACCGAGAGUAUGCUUCAAUCCCAUUAUGAUAAUCUUUAUGCUAUUGUAAGACAUGGCGUCUGAACACACCGGUUGUUCUUCUCUUACGAGUAUUCUGUUGGGGGUACUUGUAACCCAUUCUACGUAUCCAUCCUUUCGCUCGGAUCUAAAAUGAACGGCUCUACCGACCAACAGAAACAAUCAGUCAACUAAACCCUCCUCAAUUUGUACCAUGUCAUCAUAAAGAAAAAUCGGUCUGGAUGCUACCUCACCCGAACCCGACCUUAGAUGCUAAUGGCCUCGUGUUCUUCACAAACGCUGAGGAAUCUGACUUCCAGCGCACCCCUGGUUUCAUGUGGAUGGCGUGCCAUCUUGAUCGACUUCUCUGGGAAACAUGUUGUGGACAAACUGCUGUGGGAGUCGAUCAUUCAUGAGGUCAUGACAUUGCAACAUUAAGAUGACUUCCUUACUACGGAUAAAUGCCUUUACGGGUUCAGUUAAGAGUUAGUCCGUAGACACUGAAGGUCCCAGACAUUCGUCAUUCGGCCUCUACUGACUAUAUCUGUUUACUAAACUAAGUCGCCCUCAAAAGGGCCAUGAUGUUACAAAUGAGGAAAACCGCAUUUGGCAAACUAUAAUGUUCUCCUUUAGGAGCUCCAUGCAUCUUGAUAGAAACGAGUAAGCGAAGGCUUUUUACCACGGUUUUCUGAUGUAACGAUUUGCAGUAGAUAUGCUAUCUCAUAAUAUGUUACCUGGGACCAUAAAUCAUUCUUUCAAUUCGAAAAGAUUACUUAAGUAUGAUUGUCAUGUUUAUUAUUCUGUCGCAUAAUUUAAAGAUAUUACAGUCACGUCAGGAUGCUGGCUUUGGAUUGAACUUCUUAUCGACAGCCUGUAUAAACUACAUUCCGUAAAUUGUUCGCAUUGAUUUUCGAUACCUUAAAAUACUCAAAUAUGCUUUGUAAAAAAUGCACAAUAAUAUCCUUUUGGUGGCAGAUUACGUCUUCUUCAAAUUUGAUACUUGUAGAAAGGGUCUCUUUUGGUUUAAAAAAAUUCUAAUUAUAAGAUUUUUCAUAACCGUGAAAUAUCCAAUCACACAGCAUUACAGCAGCACACUUAUCGUUUGUGCAUUGUCCACAUCCAUGACAUGUUUUGAGCCCUAUACGAUCUCUUGUUAAUAGCAUAUAGAAGUCUAUGCUUUCCCUUACACGAAACGUGUGCAGUUUGUAGUCUGGAAACCCUUAAUGUUAUUGUAACGGCAUUUAGCGUUCAGAAUUAUAGGGGAAUUAAGGAACUUUCUUAAAACCAGAAGAUGCUCUCUCUGUUAAUACGGCAAUUGAAGACGCAAUUUGCCAAUAAAUGAGUAAAAGGAAGAAUAUUUUUGUGCAUGUUUUCUAUAAAAUAUAUGUGCGUUUAUAAGGUCAUCGAAAGUCAAUGGGAAACAUUCACGCUAUUUAUAUAGUCGUUUUUUGCGGAAUGUUGUUUACACAGGCGGUCGGUAAGGAGCUCUUUCAAAAGCGGGCAUUCUGAAGUGACUUGAAAAUUGCAGCAUUAUGUCACAAGAUAAUUAGUAUGACAGCCCUACUUAGCUAAUUUUUUCGAAUCUCAGUUCAUAUUUCGUGAGAUAGCAUAUCUGCUGUACAUUGCCUCCUAAUCACAAAGACAAUAGAACAAGAUGUGGGCCUUCGUUAGUUAGUUUGCCAACUUGUUUGUCCUACUUGUACGUUUACUCUUUUCUACUACUCAGCUGUUGAUUUCGUUUUCGUCCAAAAAGUGACAAUCGCUGCACCCGUGGUUGUUUGUCAAUCACAGUCAAUAAACAAGGAUUCCGUUUCCCUGGUCGCCACGACUGAAGUGAUCUCUCUACAAGAGGCGCCCACGGAAAGUCAGCACAUAGCCUCCGCAGCAACCGGUGCGACUUCUGCUGUGCCUACUAGCAGUAACAGGGAUGACCCCGUCAGCGAUGGUGCCGACGUCAUGGCUGACAUCGUGGCUGAUCUCGCCUGUCGUGUCUGCGGUCGCCUUAUUACCAAUCAUCCGGACCCUAGUGGCGGUUACAGCGGCAACGGCGGGGGCACCAAUGCGAUGAUCGAGUGCUCCCUUUGCCAUGGGCUCUACCACCAGCUCUGCCACACUCCGCCUGUUCUUGGCCGUUUGCCCGCGACCAACCUGAGUGCCUGGACCUGCUCAACCUGUUCCUCUUUAACUCAUCAACCCGAACUGACACCAUCCGUCUCCGAGUCUCCUGUGGUAACAGCUCCGUUGUUACCUAAUCCUAUCGCCCCAAAUUCUUCCGUUUCCCGCCGAAAACGGCAAUCUUCCGCUGUAGUCCCGUCCCCCAGACAACAGCGGAAUUAA